GCACACGAAAAUUAAUAAAAUAGCCUUUAUUAAAAAAAAUUAAAUACAUACAUAUAUGUCUGUAUGAUUAAUUGAUUAAGAAUUAUAGUUUAAUUUUUUUUGGAAUAGUAAUUAAGGGUCAAAAGAUUAAGAUUUAGAAUACAUAAUUUUGGAUUUAGAAAAAUGAAGUUUUACAUGAUAAAAUAUUAAGUUAAAAUAUUUAUCUAUAUGAUUAAAUGUAUUAUUCAUUAAGAAUAAUUUAGUUUUUUUAAAUUUUUAAAUAAAAUUUCUACUCUUAGUUUUUGACUAGAGUUGGGCCUAUGAACGAAUUCGAGUUUAGAAACUGUCCUUUACGGGCUUUUUUGAUGGAUUAUGGAUUAUGGAUUAUGUCUUGACUAAAAGAUAUUUAUAAGAAAUUAAAAACGAAAAUUCAAGAGUUUUCGCUCUACUUUCUUCGUAUUUCUCUCUCUCUCGCGCGUAAAUAUAAAUACAAAUGAAAAUCCUUUUCUUCUGAAAAAUAAUCAAGACUUCUUCUUUCUUCUCUCGUGUAACAUACUCGGAUCCUCACAACUCAUCUUUCGAAGAUGACGAUCCCUCCUACAAAUGAAAACGCUUCUCGUCUCCCCCAUGAAGAGCAACGCAUCGUCUCGGAGCUGUCUACCAACUCUAACGAACCAGACUCCUUCUUCGCCGUCUCCAAAAUGUGGUACGCAAGCUGGCGGAGGUACGUUAAUACGCCUCUGGGAGGAGGAGCUCCGAGGCCUGGACCUAUCGAUAACAGUGACAUCAUCGAAACUGAUCCAUAUCUUGGUAGACCAUCGCUGGCUAAAGAGAAAGCUUACGUUCUUGUUACUCAACUAGUUUGGAAUACUCUUCUUGAAUGGUAUAGCGGAGGUCCUCCAAUACCAAGAACCUUCAUCUACCUUUACCUGUCAGAUUCAAGAGAUGACGAUGGUGAUGAUCAUAAUGAAGUUAGUGAUAUACGGUUGCCAAAAGAGGCCUCUAUAAGGGAGCUUUAUGAUAUGGUUUGUGCUAAGACAGUAGUCUCUCUAGAAAAGGCUCACAUCAGGGAUUACUACGAUAUGAGGAAAGGCCAAUUCUUGGAUCCUUUAUCUAACAAGAGCCUUGAAGAGUCUGGUCUUGUCACAAACCAAGAUAUUCUUCUUGAAGUUGAUGAGCGAGGCUUAGCAGGACUGGUUAAUUUGGGAAACACAUGCUACAUGAACAGCGCUAUUCAGUGUUUGGCGCACACGCCUCCCAUACAUGAAUACUUCUUGCGAGAUCACACUCAUCAGGGCGAGCUUUCUAAGGCGUUUGGUAAGCUGUUGACGGAGUUAUGGUCUUCAGGGACUAAUUAUGUUGUGCCGAGCGUUUUCAAGACGAAAGUGGAUAAAGCUGCUCCACAGUUUACUGGUCACUAUCAACACGAUUCUCAUGAACUGCUUCUUGCCUUGUUAACUGGCCUGCAUCAGGACUCUGACAUUGUUAACGUCUUCCAAGGGCAAUGCAAGUCAAGUCUGGUUUGUCCAGUUUGUGGGGAAACAGCAAACACCUAUGAACCCUUCACGUCCUUGUCUUUACCUUUGCCUUCAACACCUACUUGGUCAAUCUCUCUGCUUUCUUGUUUGGAUGAAUAUUUAGCAGAAGAACCUCUAGGACCGGACAACAUGUGGCUUUGUCCGCAAUGCAAAGAGCAGAGGCAAGCUAACAAGAAGCUUGACCUGUGGAAGCUGCCGGAGAUUCUCGUGUUCCAGUUAAAACGGUUCAAGACUAGCAAAUACUUCGUGAAGAAGAUAGAUACCUUUGUGGAUUUCCCAGUUGACGAGCUAGACUUGAGCAAGUACGUGGAGAAAGGCGAGUCAUGCUUGUAUGAGCUGUAUGCAGUGAGCAACCAUGACGGUGGGAUUGGUCUUGGCCACUACACUGCCUACGCUAAGAUGAUUGAUGAUGACAACGAGUGGUAUUGUUACGACGACAGUCUUGUUUCACCCGUACACGAAUCCGAGAUCGUAAGCUCAGCGGCCUAUCUUCUGUUCUACCGAAAAAGAGAUGGAAGUGAUAUGGAUUUGUCAUAAUCAUGAGGUUGCUGCAUUUGAUUUAGAGAUGCAUUGGUCUCUAUAUAACUCACUCUCUAUUGUUGUACGUAAUUCAAGCUGGUGGUUCGGUUGAAGAGUUCUUGUUGCUUCAGACUUUAUGUUGUUAUGGCACAUCUCUGUAGAAUCUUUGGGGAUUUAGGUUCGGAAAAUAUUGUUUUCAAGAAAGAAAACGUUUGUACAAAGACAGUGUUAGCACAUUGAAUACAAGAAAACG